CCAGCCUUUCUUUCUUUCCUUCCGCAUAUCCAAAGGCAACCUUUCGUGCGUGUUCGAUGAAAAGCGACGGUUGAAGAUCAUUUCCUAACUCGCGAAUGCACCUUCAACAUAUGAAGAAGCGAGUUGGCAGAGGCUUGCGGAACGUCACGGCACACACUUGAAACGGAGAACAACGAUGAAGAUGUCGCUCUGUUUGACGCCGAGGAGGACGCCGCCGGACGGAGGUUGUCCAAGAAGACAAACAUCAAGCAUCCGGUGGCGUCCUUCUUCCACCUGUUCUUCAGGGUCGGUGCCAUCUUGGUGUACUUGCUGUGCGAGAGGUUCGGUGACGGCUCCAUCGGUGGGAUGGUGACCAUCAUCCUUCUGCUCUCCUGCGACUUCUGGACCGUCAAGAACAUCAGCGGGCGUCUGAUGGUGGCGCUGCGGUGGUGGAACCGAGUGGACCAGGACGGCCAAAGCCACUGGGUGUUCGAGGCGCGCAAGGGGCCGAGAAAAAAGCAGAGCUCCAACUCGGAAUCGCACAUCUUCUGGCUGGGUCUGAUCGUGUGCCCGCUCGUGUGGGCGAUCUUCGCCUUCAGCGCCCUCAUUCAGCUCAACAUCAAGUGGCUGCCUGUGGUGGUGAUGGGCCUGGUGCUGCAAGGGGCCAACCUCUACGGAUACGUCAGGUGUAAAGUGGGAGGGAAGACCGACUUCAAAAACAUGGCUACCAACUACUUGGGCAGGCAGUUUCUCAAGCAGACUCUGUCCAAAGAGGAAGAAUCUUAACGUGCGUGCAGUAGCUCUUCUGCUUCAACGUUGCAUUUCAUCACAAAUGGGGCACACUUUUAGUUCAGGUUUUUUUUGCGGUUGUUGCUCUGUGUUACUUGUCUUGGGUGAUGGUAGUUGUGCUUUUAUUUCUGCCUCCCUCCCUCAACGCUUCAGUUUGUACGAUCGAGUUGCCAUGUAGUCCAGGACAUUAUUUAUGUAUAAAUAAAUUUACAAAAACUGCAGAAACA